GGCCCCCCCCCUCCAUCAAUGCACAGCCGUCGUAUAAAAGGCGCUGUGGCCUUCCAGCCCUAAGCCACCGCCCGCAGCUGCCGUCGACGCUCCCAGGGUCGCCUCUCGUCUCUCCCCAUCAACCAAUCUUCUCUCCGCAUCCGCCGAUCACCGCCGUCGCUCGAGGGUUCAUCAAUCUUUCUAAUGAGGGGAAGGAGCUACACCCCAUCUCCCCCGAGGGGGUAUGGCAGGAGAGGACGGAGCCCUAGUCCAAGGGGUCGUUAUGUUGGUCGCAGCAGAGAUAUGCCUACUAGCCUUCUUGUUCGCAAUCUUCGUCAUGAUUGCAGGCAAGAAGAUCUUCGAAGGCCAUUUGGGCAGUUUGGUGCACUUAAGGACAUUUAUUUGCCCAGGGACUACUACACUGGAGAACCACGUGGUUUUGGUUUCGUCCAAUAUGUAGAUCCUGCUGAUGCUGCAGAGGCUAAGUACCAUAUGGAUGGAUAUGUGCUUCUUGGUCGGGAGUUGACUGUUGUAUUUGCAGAAGAGAAUAGAAAGAAACCUACUGAAAUGAGGGCGAGGGAGCGCGUAAGCAGCCGAGACAGCAGCCGAGGCAGAAAUGAUCGAAGACGGUCUCCGGCGGGAUAUUCCCGGUCUCCACCUCCUCGCCAAGCAAGAUCUCGGUCCCGUAGUCGUGAUUAUUACUCCCCUCCUGCGAAAAGAAGGUACUCAGGAUCUGCUUCACCUCAAGAGAAAAGGCACGGCCAAGAGAAGUCAUACUCCCCACGUCCCAGUCGGGAGAGGUCAUACUCACGAUCCCCGCCUAUCAAUGGUUCCCGAAGCCUCAGUGAAAGUCCGGCCCGAGGCAAAAGCAGGAGCCGAAGCCGAAGCCCUCCUCUUGAAGACUAUGCCAGGGAGCCAAAUGGAGAUGGGACUCCUAGUCAGUAACCAGCCGAUAGGAUUCCAGACUUUCUUUCAUAUUUUGUCUUGAGUUUGAUAAUCUCUCUGUUGCACCUUUGUGGUUUGUUGUCAUUAUGUAUGUAGACUCCUCUGCUGUUGGCGUUAAAUAUUGUAGGACGUCCUUUUCAUGUCGCAAUCUGAUGGAGAUUGCAUGAUGAACUUAAUUUUGUUGAUUGUUGGUGGAUUCGGCCCUCGGGUGUCUCUGUUAGUGUGGAAAUAGUGAACUUAAUUGACGUGCACCGGGAUGUCACUGUCUACUAUGUAAAAUAUAUGGGUGUUUCUUGAUGGGAAAA